GGAGAACCCCAUCAGGGUGCCCCCUCUCAUAUGUUGGGUCCUGGCUGCGUGCAGGAGACCAUGCUGCUGUUGUUUGUGAUCAGCCUGGCCGUGUUGUCAGAGGCAGGUCUGUCAGUAGAGGUGUUUCGAGCAGGUGUGGCCCCCCGCUGCGAGAGCCGGGCGUGCAACCCCCGCAUGGGGAACCUGGUCCUGGGUCGGCGGGUCCUGACGCAGACCGUCUGUGGUAACAACGGCACAGAGCUCUUCUGCUCGUACUCUGACCCCAAUGCCAACCUGGCCUGCGGCGCCCCCAAAUGUGCCAAAUGCAACGUCGGCCUGCCUCUCCUGUCCCACCUGGCCGGGGCUAUGUCCGACUCCUCCUUCCGCCACCCGAACACCUGGUGGCAGUCAGCAGGCCAUGCGGAGUCCGAGACGGUGCAGCUAGACCUGGAGACGGAGUUCUACUUCACACAUCUCAUCGUAGUGUUUCGCUCGCCGCGGCCGGCCGCCAUGACCCUGGAGCGCUCACAGGACUUUGGUCGAACGUGGAAGAUGCUGCAGUACUUCGCCAGUAACUGUAGCGCCUCCUUUGGGCUGGAGGAAGGAAAGGCAAGCGUGGGCCGGGACGGAGCCACCUGCACCUCCAAGUACUCAGGAGCUUCCCCCUGCAGCCGAGGCGAGGUGAUUUACCGGACCCUCCCGAAGUGGCAGUCCCUGGAUCCGUUUGGGUUGGAGGGCCAGCAGCAGCUUAGGCUCACCAACAUCCGAAUCAGGUUACUGAAGCAUCAGCCGUGCCCCUGCCAGGCCAAAGACCUCACCACCACACGGGAAGCUCUUCCUACUCGACACUUUGCCAUCUAUGACCUGAUAGUGAAGGGAAGCUGCUUCUGUAACGGCCAUGCCGAGCAAUGUGUUCCUGCACCAAAAUACCAGCCCACCAGAGACCGGACCAACCACGUGGUUCAUGGGAAGUGUGUGUGCAGACACAACACUGCAGGUGACCACUGCGAGCGCUGCGCUCCUCUCUACAACGACCGUCCCUGGCAGCCCGCUGACGGACUGACGGGAGCUCCACACGAAUGUCGGCGGUGCAAAUGUAACGGACACGCUCGAAGCUGCCAUUUUGAUUGGACGGCGUGGCGAGAGUCUGGCCAGCGAAGCGGAGGCGUGUGUGACUGUCUGCACAACACCGAAGGGCGCCAGUGUCAGAAAUGCAAAGCCGGUUUCUACAGAGACCCCCAGCGAUCUCAAACUGCUCCAGACUCCUGUAAACCAUGCACCUGUGACCCCUCGGGCUCUGUGCCUUUUCAUUUAGCUGGUGAUGCUCCGUGUGACCCCUCCAAUGGAAACUGCAUCUGCAAACCUGGAGUAGGCGGAGCUCGGUGCGACAGGUGCAUGGUGGGAUACUGGGGCUUCCACGAGUAUGGCUGUCGCCCGUGUGACUGUGCUGGAGACUGCGAUCCGUUUACUGGGGACUGCGCGUUUGGCUCUGAUCUGGAGCUGUACAACCUGGAGGGAAACUCCAGCGAACCGGUGAGGAUCUUCAGAGCUGAGGAACUGUUUUCUGCUGUUCAUUACUCAGAGAAGUGUGAGUGCAAAGAGCAAACCCUGAGCAGUAAACUCUUCUGCACCAUGAGUUAUGCAUACGUGAUGAAGGUGAAAGUGCUGUCGGCCCACGAUAAAGGCUCCCACGCUGAGGUGGAGGUCAAAGUUCAAAAGGUGCUCAGCCAGAACACCAAAGUGAAGAUACAGCGCAAUCGGGUCACGCUUUACCCCGAGUCCUGGACGGCACGGGGCUGCACCUGCCCCAUCCUUAACCCAGGCGAAGAGUACUUGGUGGCAGGCCACUCGGACCAUAAGCGGGGGCGCCUCCUGGUCAACAUGAAGAGCUUUGUCAAGCCCUGGAAAGCCAGUUUGGGUCGAAAAGUCCUCACACUGCUCAAAAAAGACUGCAACUGGUAGACGGACAGAAGAACUGCAGGAGCAGGUGACGGAUGAGACCGCUUCUGAUUCAACAAAGCCAGCACUUUGUGUCUCUCAUCCCUGAGGUACACCGCCCACUGGUGGGAGCAGGUUUGGGAGGACUGAGCUGAGCUGAUCAGACCCCUCCAAGUUUCUGCUGUUCCCAGUGAAGCCAGCGUUGGACGGCACAAGCCCACGGGACAUCUUUUAUGAAGACAUUCCUGCCUUAAAUCUGAGCAAACUUUCACUCUACAUGCUUAUGUAGGAGCUUGAAGCUCAAAUAAUGAGGAUUUCAUCGGCAUGUCCAAUCGUGAGUGUGUGAACGCACCGUGAAUUAAAACACAAACAAACAAACAAAAAAAUCCUCCUCCUCCUCAGCACUUUAGUCUAAGACGGCCUGAGAAAGCACGGACACGCAAAGAAAGGAGGAUUAAAACACACACUUGGACACGACCCCCUGAAGUGGAUCGAUGUAGCAGGUCUGUUCUCUUUACAACGGACGCGCACGUUCUCUAACAGGCAGGAGUGGAACGUGCAAACCCCCCCCC